GUUUCAGAGUUACACUGAAAAUUAAAAUUAAAACUAAAACAAUGCCGUCUUCUUCUUAUCCUCUGCUUCCUUCUUCUACUCCCAAACAAAAUCUCCAAGCCCUUCUCAAUUCAGCUCGUCCUUUCAUCCGUGGUGAGCUGGAAUCAAUUGAUCCAAAGCUCCCUGCUCUCGUUGCCGUCCUCCGCUCCGUCGGCGCCGGCGAGUGUUGGCACAGACAUGGCAGUUUCUUUGAACACCUGCUCGACUCAUACCGUAUCCUCAAGCUCUGGAACAGCCCUGAUGCCGUUGCCCUCUGUGGUCUCUUCCACUCUACCUAUUCCAAUUCCUAUGUUAAUCUCGCAAUCUUCGACCCCUCCACGAGCCGCGACACCGUUCGCGGCCACGUUGGCGAGGCCGCCGAACAGUUAAUUCAUCUUUUCUGCAUUGUGCCCCGACAUUCUCUUAUCCACGACGAUCUCCUCUUCAAUUACACCGAUUCAGACCUCGUCGAACAGCUUAAGCUGUCGGAGAUUUCAUUGAAGAACGCCAAAGAGAAGGGUUUGUUUGAUUAUGAAGAAGGUUGGAGGAAGAAGGUACGGUCACUUCUCCCAGCGGAAGGGAUUAAGGUUAAGCAUAUAAAGACUGGCGAAGAUGUGUUAAUCCCGCGACGGAUAGUUGCGGUUUUUGUUAUGAUGACUAUUGUGGAUUUUAGUUCUCAAUUGUUUGGGUUUCAGGAUAUGUUGUUUGACAAUUCGAAUGGUCGGCUUGAAUUCUCCGGCAAUAAUGUCGCCGCCGGGUUGUGGCCCGGCGACGGAAAGCCAGGGCUUUGGAUGAAUUCGAUGUCAAGGUUGGGAGCUUUGUAUAGUUUAAUUGUUAGGGAAGAGGAAAUUUUCUUGGAAGAGAGGAAAAGGACUGGUGGGGUUUUGGCAGAAGAAGGUUUUGGAGAGAGAUAUGAAGAAAUUGAGCUUGUGAUCCCACCUGUGUUUGAGAACUGUACUAAGGUUUUGGAUGCAGGAGAGCAGAUUGAGGCAAGGGAUUUGUAUUGGGAAGCUAUUAGUGAAGGGCCUAAGAAAGGGUUGGAUAAGGUUGAGGAGUUGUUGAAGAGUUGUAGCAAGAAGAACCCAUUUGUGGGAGAACCUCAUGUGGUGUUGGCUCAAGUUUAUUUGAUGAAGGGAAUGUUUGAGGAAGCAGAGAGAGAGGUUGAGAAGGGUUUGAUGCUUCUGUUGGAAUGGGGGAGCCCUUGGGAUAAGAGUAUACCAUGGGAAGGGUGGAUUGCUUGGUCUAGGGUUUUGUUGACGAAAGCUAAGGAGAAGUAUUGGCCAAAGACUGCUUGGGGUGUCCUCAACUUAGGGCUUGUGAAGUAAAUGUUUUAUGUUUCCUUUGUUUGUGGUCUUUUCGAAGCCUUGUAAAGCAA